AUGACGGUGUGGCUUUGCAUUGCUCCUCUCCCCCCUUCUUUCCAAACUUCUCCCACCCCUCGGGUGAUCCGCAAGGCGGAUCUAGCCAAGGUGGAUCGCAAGGUGACGCCGUGGCUGUUAGUGGCGUUCCACGAGGCGUGGUAUCACAACAACAAGGACCACCAUCUCAGCGGCGAGGCCAUGCGGGUGGCUCUUGAGAAGACGCUGUAUGAUGCCCGCACGGACGUGGUGGUGUGCGGCCACGUGCAUUCCUACGAGCGCACGGUGGGUGUGAGGCACCUUAGAAGGUGCCUGGCGCUGGAGAAGCUGCUGUAUGAUGCCCGCACUGAUGUGGUGGUGUGUGGCCACGUGCACGCCUAUGAGCGCACGGUGAGUGUGAGAACGUUGCGCUGCAUGCACAUGGGCAUGCGUGCGCAUGGGCAUGCAUGUGGACAUGCACACGGGCAUGGAUGCAGACAUGCACACGGGCAUGAAUGUGGGCAUGCGCACGGACGUGGUGGUGUGCUGCCACGUGCACGCCUAUGA